AUGACCGGGGCCAGCGGCGGCGGCCGCGAGUUGACGGCAUGUGGGCUCCCUGUUGGGCGCCUUUGCUCCAGAGUCCACAGGGCACUACCUCCAGCCCGGUCUACGCAUACAACACCACGCCGUCUCGAGCUGCCUUUGCCUUUCCUACACGACCCGUCUUCCUCACGCCCUCACCUGCUCCUGCCUCUUUUCCCUCGACACACCAGGGCUGAACUCUUCCUCUCCCCCAACGGCCCGUCCCUCCCAACUCCAAUUGGCUUUGUUUGCCUCUCCCGGAGCGCGGCUCUCACUCCCCCACCCUCGAACACGCCGUGCUCGUCUUCCUACGCCUCUUGUACACCAACCAUCAACACGACCACCAUGCACGGCUCUCCCGCAAAGCAACGCGCCGCCCUGGCACCCCUCGACGCGAACGCAAGGCCGUCCCUGCCGUCUCCCAAAAUGCCCAAAGACGGCAGCGUCUCCGUCAUCCCCCUCACCGGCGGCUCGUCCCCUCUGAAGAAGAGCCUCUCCUCCUCCCUCACCACCACCACCACCACCAGCGGCACCAAGCGGCCCGCCGAGGAACUGACGCCGCCCGGCCGCAAGAAGACGUGCGUAGAAGAGGUACGUGUCCCCCUCCCCUCUCCUUUCCUCCCAAGCCAAGCCAGAAUGCUAAACAAACGGGCCCAGGACGCGCGCCGCUCGAGAACAAGCUCCCCCGACUCGCCCUCCCUCUUCGACACCUCCGCCGCAGAAGGCGACUCCUCGUGGGCCACGGCCGCCACCGAGCCCGACGUAGGCAUCGUCGCCGACGCGCCGGCCCUCCUCGCGCCCCGGCAGAGGGGCACCAUGACGCGCGAGCAAGCAAGAGAGAAAGCAGCGAUUCUGCGCCUGCGCCUCGGCCUCGCGAGCUACAAGGUCCGCACGGGGCAGACCACCGUGCCCUUGGCCGACCUCGAGCGGAAGCCGCUGCCCCGGAAGACGGUCCGCGUGCAGUCACCGCCGCCGCUGCCGUCUCGGAAACACGCCCACGCCUCGGCCUCCGCCGCUGCUGGCGAGCCGGGCACCGCGUCGCCUGGUCCGAGUAGUACCCUGUCAAAGGGCGCUGCGAGCGGCCUUCUCAGCCUGGCGAGGAGCCAGUCAUGA